AUGGAGCACCACCACCAUCAAGUCCCGAUACCAUCCGAUAUCGUCCGAAUGUGUGUUGACCAGUUCGACAAAGUUCUUGAGCCAUACAAUUGCAUUCAAGUUAUGGCCACAAUUCAAGAAUUGGAAGAAAGGGGAGUUGCCAAGUGUUCAAUGCCUUCUGCGCUUCCAGAAUACAGGCACAUUAUGAAUUUCACAUCUGGAUGUGAUUGGGCGGAAUUGACAUAUCUUCAAUACGCCGUACCUCCUCUAAUGAUUCUCUGCUUCUUUGGAAACAUGCUCAAUGUGCUCAUCUAUGGUCUUCCGUUCUUCAAUGGAUCUAGUUCCGUGCACUUUCUACGCGCCAAAGCAAUCGCCAACAUGGUGUUCAUGUUCUCUCGGAUUCUGGAGGUUUUACAUGCGUCAAGCACACAACCACUUUCUUGGCUGGAACCUCUUUUCUGGAAAUCUCGUCCCUAUUUGGUUAUGGUGUCUAACAUCAGUGGAACAAUGUCAACAUGGCUAACUCUGAUGGUCACAUUGGAAACAGUUAUGUGUAUCAUGACUCCUUUCAUUUUCAAAAAGUAUUGCACUAAAAAAACGACCUGGACUGUCCUUAUCAUGUCUGCAUUUGCUGCAACCCUUCUUCAUGUCGCAAUCGUGAUUGUAACAGAAGUUCAAGAACAUGCUCAAGUCAGACAGUAUAUUCAAAACUUCAAAAAAGAGAACGCGGCUUGCUGGUUCCUCCAAUCUGUUUUCCGAGUUCGAAAUGAUCCAUACUAUGAAACCUAUCGUAGAUUCUAUGCCACAGCAACAAUGGCAGUAUCAAUUGUGAUUCCAACAAUCGCGAUGCUAGUUUUCACGAUUCUGAUCAUCAAGAAGUUCACCUUCAAGAAUCUCGGAGAUUCAUUCACUCAACGAAGAAAGUGUGUGCUCCGGCUGACAGCGUCUACCACCUUCACCCAUCUUAUAUUGGAAGGACCAGCCACGCUCACUCAUUCUGCGAGUGCCAUUCAGGGUGAUAACUACAGUUAUUUGAUGUGUAUUCUGAAUCAUGGAAACAAUUUGGCAUCUCUUGUCAAUGCAACUAUCCCUUUCUUCGUUUUCCUCAUCUGUAAUGAACAGUUCCGUCAUAUGGCUCUGAUGUACAUCAAGGCUAUGGUGGAAUGUGAUCCGGUUAAAAGACAGUCAUAUUUCGUUCUAGCAGGACAGCGUUGUAGCCGAAUGUCUCGAGUUGAAACUGAUCGAUCGUUUGUGGAAACUACUCGCGUUGCUACGAGACCUACUCAUGCUCUUUUGAGCGAGUCUGUUGUCAAGAAGGUUGGUGUCCCAACAUUGGCCCGUAUGUUGGUGUGCUCGUUCCAACCAUCGGAGUUUGGCAGCCAGAAGUUGUCACUGUCACCACUAACAAGGGAAGUCCAUGCUCGAUGA